AUUUUUUUUUUCAAAUGGAACUACCACUAUUUUAUUUCGCUAUUCGAUUGUCUUUUGUGUUCUCUUCAAAUUUUAUAAAGGCUGUCCCCAUAGUUUGACAAAAGUACCUACCCAUUCAUUAAUAACAUGGUUAGGUAUAUAUCGGAGUAGGCUGUGAUAAUAAAAAACAAAAGUAUACCAGAAAGUAAACAAGUAUCACAAAUUUAUUAUUUGCUGCAAGUGUGCUUUCAAUUUCGAAAUAAAAUAAUAUUAAUUAAAAAGGUGAAUUUCGAAAAAAUCAACAAAUUGUUUUAGAUAAGUAAAGGGCAGAAUCGCGUAUGCGGCUAACCACAGCAAAUUGCCUUGGAUAGGAAAUAACGACGGCGGGUGUUGUCACUACCUCUGUCCUUGUCUAAAGUCGCUACCUACCGUUUGCAAAAAACAUCUGUAAUAUCAAGAAUGCUAAUGAUAAAAGGAAAUUUGACAUUUACCCCAAAAAAAUUAUAAAAGUAUAAAAAAAUCCUGUUCUUGGGAAUGACUAAUAACGCAAUAAAAAACACAGACAUUUCGCCACGUUCUCAAGAACAGCAGAAAAAGAUAGUCGUCUCCAUUGUAUUAAGUGAAUCCGCGGCGAGCCAAUUAAAAUUAAAUGUACCUUACGUGGAAGACUUGGAGGGUGAAAGUAGUAGUCAAGCGGUUGGACCGUACAUGAAAAGAUCUGUCUCGAGUGUGUAUAAUUUAAGCAAGUUGUUUGAGAGUAAUGACGUUUUAAAGAAGCGACGAAUUUUAACGGACACUGCUUAUUUCUCAUCUAAAGCAGCCGAUUCUUCGUCAUCCGUGGAGUCAAACGAAGAAGCAGAGAUUAUUAGUGAUGGGAGUUCGGAUGAAAAAUUGAAACCUGUGGAGGUGCUGACGCGACCACUACUUUCAGUCAAUAGUACGGCUCAUGGAGGUCAUAUUAAGUGCAAACGUAACAAUAUAUACAUAUCGGUGGUAGACAGAAGGGAUAGCUCCGAUUGGUUUAAUAUCUGCAGAAUUUGCCAUGGCGGUGAGAGUAUCGGCGAUUUACUUUCGCCAUGUCGCUGUCGUGGCUCGAUAGCAUUGGCCCAUAUGGACUGCCUGGAAAAGUGGUUGAAGGAAUCCUCCAACAGUCACUGCGAAUUAUGCAAAUACCAUUACACGAUAGUUCGAGAACCUAGAUAUGGGGUACUAAAAUCGGUUCUUGUUUUCAUAUUAAAUCCGGGUGAACGAUUUUGGGAUAUGGCGCUAGAUUUGGUUGGUUUCGUUAUUUAUACUGCAGCAACAGUUUUAUCCACGUAUACUCUGUCUGUACUGUGCACUGCCGCAACAAAAUCUACGAGCACACGAUUUGGUUCACCACAAAUAAUAGGAUUCAGUUCCGUCUUGGGAAUUGCCGUAAUUGAAUUCACCUACACAUCUUGGCUAUUAGAAAGCUUAAAAAAACACCUCCUUGCUUGGGAAGUGUGGAACCGUAAUAACUGCGAUUUAAAGGUGAUUCUAUCAAAGAGUAAACAGCCAAUUAAAUACCAAGUGGAAGACUCGGACUGAAACAAUUAAAAAAAGUUAAACCCAUAGAAUUUAUUAUUGACAAUUUUAAUCUCUUCCCACUUUAUGGGUGUGUUCAGGUUUAUCGACCCGAUAAAUAUCUUGGGCUAAAUUGAAGUACCCCAGGUAUUCGACCGUGUCGGGCGUGGUGUCGAUAUGAUAAUGGCCACCUUCUCCGUGAUAGCUGAAGCUGUGAAAAUGCUGCACUCGCAAAUCGAGGUCCUGAAAAUGAGGAUUGAAAAAGUGAGACAGUUAACUCCCGCUUACGUAAUCGCCGGUAAUAAGAGUGCCGUUGGCGAUUAAAGGUGCGGACAUUUCGUAAAACUUUAACCACUGAUUAAUCUCAUCGUCGGAGUUUAUAGCUGUCUCCGAAAAGUGGGGCAUUACGUGUUGCUUCGCUUUUCCCUCCCUCAAUAGAAAGGUACCACCUAAUCCUAUAAUGAAAAUGCAAAAUUUUUAGUCUCGUAUUGGCGACUCUCGUUAAGUUGAAGCACCAGCGCGCAGCCGUCUCUUAGUAAUUUAACGUUCGGCCAAAAUUUCUACCAGUAACGCCGCCAUUGGGAAUAUUUGAAUUUGCCUCAACUGAGCCACCACGCAUUGUGCUAAUGCGUCUGCUUAACGUGGGUCGCCUGUACGAGGUGGUGACUUGACGAACGCACCAUAGGAAUUUCAAUAAUCAUUUUUUUAAUUUCCGAUUAUUGGCUCCCGUAAUUAUUUUAGAUAUAAAGUCUUUUUAGGUUUUUUGUAGAGAAAAAAACUGUCGCGUUUAGAAAGUCAUGUAUGCCAUGGAAUUAUGGAAAAAAAACAAAAGCGCCUGCAUUUGCCAUUAGUUAGCUUUCAUUGAUCUCAUGGCACCACUGAUUUUCUUAAAAGCGCCAGUUUUUAGCAAUAUAAUUUCUUGGUUUCAAAGUUGAAAAAAUUAAAAACUAUAGUAUAUGCAUGGAUUUGUAAUUUUUUUCUAUACAAAAUACCUAAAUACACCUUAUCUCUAAAAUAAUUAGGGAAGCCGAUAAUCAGAAAUGAAAAAAUUAAAAACGGUUACCUAAAAUUCGAUUUCCGUAAUGAUCAGCCAGUACACCUCGUAUACUCGCAAUGAAAUCCAUGCAGCCGACUCGCUUCUUUACAUGAACUUGCAGAACCUAAACUAACACUGCACCAGUUUAAUUUAAGACUUGCUACUACCUGCCCAGGUUUUCCUUCGCAUAUGAAAAAGUUCCCAAGUAAUGCGAAGCGCGUUUCUGUUGUCGGGAGUUGUUCUUGCACAGGCGUUCCGUCUGUUUGGUUCACUUUAACGAUACGAGUUUGCUGUUUGACUAAACUAUUUUCGAUAUUGAUAUUCAUAAUUGCCUGUGGGAAUGUUAUGCUUCGCAAAGUAUUUGCAUUGUAAAACUUUUACCUCACAAUUAACGGUGGCGUAGGGAUGUGGACCUGCACCUGCUCCUAUUAUGAAAGCUGACUUCAUUUUUACUACAUCGGGAAUAUCGCACAAAUCAUACACCUUGUCAUAUUGUACGAAAGGUACAAGGUAAGGAGGUCCUCCAACAUCCAUCAUAUGAGUGUUACCAUUUAAACCUAGAUUAACAUUGAGACUUCAUUUUUGAAGCCAAUUUCAAUUUAUUUAUUCGACAAACCUUUAUUGGCCAAUGUAAAAGGCAUUUGUGUAAGAUCAGGGCAGUUGACCACCUCAACUUUGACAUCUUGAAAAUGUUUCUUCAGUCCCUUGUUUAAAACUACAACCUCUGCAUGUAAACGAGUCAAAAUUUAGCACUCAUACCAUCUGCAAUUUCUUCAAGGGGUGGAACAUGUAACGGUUUACAUUCAAUAGGCAACACUUUCAUAUCCAACGCCAUGGCUCUAAAACUAGGUUUUGUAGUUCAUCAACUGAUUUAUUCUAAUUUAAGUAAAGGUAUUUCGUAGUUGCACACGUUGAUAAGAUAAUGUUUAUUUUUUUAGAUUACUUGACCUUACUUAUCAUUGUAAAAUUACAUCACAAUAUAUUUUGUUGUUGACUGGAAGAUAUGGAUUGUGGUUAUUAACUCCAAUAACUGUACAACUGUGUAAACAAAUUAGGAAAAUUUUGACUAUUCUGGGAAUGAUUACCUAC